AUGGAAUUGGAGAAGUACUCGCACAAGAAAAUUUUACGGAAUAAAGAAGAAUCGGAUCCGCUUGGAAUUGGAUCAUUGGUACAAAUAUCGUAUUCAAAAAAUUUAAGCACCGUCUUAGAUGGAAAACAUGUGAUUGUUAAAGUAGAAACUAUGCUAGUAUUUAAAUGCCUUCCAAUUAUUAAAGAAAAUAUCUUCGUCGUGUAUAAUUCACAAUCAAAUCUAGGAAUUGCUAUAGGAAAAACGGAGCACAAUUCUGAAAUCGCGUUUCAUCCGAAUUGCUCGGAAAAGAUUCGAACGCAAGCAUUUCUUGCGAGUGUCGAUCAAGUCGCAGAAUUUCAGCAACGAGCAAAGUAUAUCCCUUCAGAACGCGUGAAACAAAUGGUUUCGGCUUGGGUUGUAUUGUCGCCAUUCUCGAUUGAUGUCGAGGGAAGUAUUGAGAAAAUUCGUAGUUUCGUCAUCGAAAAAGAGGAAAAUCUUCCCGAAUUUGAAGGAUACGCAGUUAUAAAGAAUGUUGUUCGGAACAGUUUCGCGGAAGCUGAAUAUCUUGAAACGAAUGAAAGUAUAAUAUUCAAUAUGAGUGCUUGUCAAACCAAUAUUAUGAAUCGAAUUCGUGUCGGCUCAAUUGUUGAAAUUCGAUCGUCGCCAAGUUUUCCUUCGUCUCGUUAUAAUUGGUAUGGAUACGAUGUGAGAUUUCAUAGGAGAAAGAAUAUUAAGGAAAUUCUGUCUGGAAUGAUCAAUCCUAUCAAAUUAUUGCAAGAUAAUCUGAAAUCGCAAGACGCUUAUUCGAACAAAUUUGAAGAAAAAUUGAAAAAAUCGACGAAAUGUGAAAACGACAGCCAAAAUCGAGAAUUUCUCCCUAAAAAAUCAAAAUUGAACUCGAAUUGUGUCCCUUUAAACACAUUGGGAAAAGGAUUCCGAAUGAGCUAUCACCUAGAAUAUGGAAUUUCGAGAAGCGAAAUCGAUAAAAUUUUCAAAGAUGUUCGUGAUCUCUACGAGAUUCCCUACGAAUCUCCUCGUUUGCCGCAAGGAAGAGUUGAAUAUAACGAAUCACUGAAAGCUGAAAUUCAAACUGUUCUAGAGAUUUUGGAGUAUUUGGCUGAUUCUGACGGAAAUGUGAUGUGUAAAAAACCUGGUCCGCCAUUUGUGUUGCGUGAUACGAAUUGGAAACCGACGGAGAGAAGGAUUAUAGGACUAUUUGACGAUUUCCAAUGGAUAAUAUCGGAAACUUUUGCGAAAAGCGAAGAAGAGCUGAAAAUUGAGCUUGAAGAUUUGGAAGAAGCUUCGAAGAAGCCAUUGCGUGGAGGGUGGUGGUAUCGACGAAAAGAGCCGAGAACAUGCGAAACUGCGUUGGUAAAAGAGUUUGAGGCUGUUCGAAAUAUUCGAAAAGAUUGCAUGACCGAAUCCGUAUAG